AUGGGUGACAUUGGUGCUUUGGCGUAUCUCAGGCUCCCUUCCUUCAUGAAGAGGUUCUCGGAGGACCAUAGCAUGGAUGAGUUGCGGGUGCCACCUGAAUUUGUGGCAACACAUGGUGAUGAACUCCCUUUCGACUGCCGGCUUGUUAUGUCGAGGGGGGGAAGGGGUUGGCCAGUUCGUCUCCUUAAGAUCGCAAGCGGGUGCCACUUCCGCGUUGGUUGGCCCGAGUUUCGUAUAAUCAACCGCAUCGUCCAAGACGACGUUUUUGUAUUCACAAUGGUGCAACCGGGGAUCUUCCAUGUGAAAAGGUUCAAGACGAGAACUGGAUGCCCCCCUGUGAGUGAUCUAACAUCGGUGAUGGAUGAGGACUCAGACCACAGUUAUGCUCCGGAUGUCGAUACCAGUGAUGAUUACCACCCUUCUGAAACGGAGAAUGAGUCUUCAGAGGAGGAUGACGAGGAGUAUGCUCCGGAGCAGGGUGUUGUAGACGUUGAUGGGUGCCCGACCUUCGUCUACCGCUUGACCAGUCCAACAUCAAUCGUAGUUUGGAGAUUCCGUUUGCUUUUUGGCGCCGCCACAUUCGUAUGA